AUGUCGUCUCCGAAGCUGCUGCUAACGUUGGUGGCCACCUUCCUGUUUUUCACGUCUAUUUCCGCUGGGCAUUGUAAGCCCAAAUCCUCUAACUCUGAGUCUAUCACUACCACGACAUAUCCCACAACAGACACCGCAAAUCUUGUUACGACGACAGCCGACAGAACCACUACUGCUGGUCUGCCGAUAACCACAACCGAUGCUACCACUCUUCCCGCUACAACCACUGAAUCUACGGGUACUUGCACACUAGAGCCCCUGCUUGAUCCACAGCCAAAUUAUCAUCUUCAAUUUACUCUCGGUGUUGAAACAUGUUACGAUUUGGACCGUUCAUACCGUUACAGGGUGGGUGGAGGUGCCAGUAGUGGAUUCAACCCUUGGGUACUCACAACGGAUGGUGGUGAAUACUUCACCGUCGGAGACAAUGGUCACGUUUCUUACAGGGAUGGUUAUGUUAUUGCCCAAGAGCCGGGCACUGACAAUAUUGGUGGUAUCUCUGAGAGUGACACGGCAAGAGCCAGUUGGACCAGGCUUACUUGCAAAGUUUUCACCACCUCCAAUACCCCAUUUAACUACAUGUCAUGCGUCGGAGAUGGACCCGAGAACUCUAUAUUCCAGAUCUGCCAACUGUCACCCAAUGGUCCACUAAGCCUCUUGCUUUCUUCAUCAGUGCUGCCUGGAUGUAGUGAGGCAUAUCUAUUUGGUGCUGACAGUUAA